AUGAGAUUUGUUUCUGUUAGUGAUUACAAGGAUGGUAUUUUAUCCCAAAAUUCUUAUUUGAAUAGACCAAAUGCAUAUGGAUUUUUUAGAAAAAACUUUAAGGCUCGCUCACUGGAUCAGUCCAGCAAAGCUGCAAGGAGGAUUCUCAAUAAUCUCAUUCCUGAGCUUAGUGUCUCUCAAUUUAACGAUUCAAUCCGAAUUUUUAAUUCAUACUUGGAGUCAUACAAAAAUACUCCAAAAGACACUUCUAGAAUAGAAUCUUUGAUAUCAGCAUCUGCUUACAUAUCGGUUAGAAGAGAGGGUGGAUACCUUUCUCUACUCGAUAUUGCAUCCAGACUGAAAUCCAAAAAUUACAGAAGCUUUGCUAGCCUUGUUAGACGAAUUUGUAUUCGUCUUAAAAUUAAGAAUCUCCCGAACCCCUCUAUUGAAGAGUCUUUAAAUUAUGUUUGUACGAAAGUUGAGAAGUUUCUUAAAGAAAAGAUGAUCUUGAAACCAACAGAACGGUAUCAAAAAGAAACUGUUGUUUUUCAGAAUUCCGAAAAAGAAACCGAAGAAAUGAGAAAUCUAAUGCUAGAAUCUUUAAUAAGAGACCCCUCUGGUCAUUUAGAAUCCAAAAAAUCAGGAAAUCUCAAUCCAAAUUUCUAUUUAAGCUCCAAACAGCACACCAAAGCUAAAGUUAACGGAAAAACCAGCUCAGAUUCUCUGAUAAAAGCUAAACAUUUUGCCUUGCUUAUUCUCAAAACCAUUCUUCUCAAUCAAGAUCAUGAUUUUAUAGAUGGCCAUGAUGACAUACUUAACCCCCUAUGGCUUUCAAAUGGAGUAUGCAGCACUCCCACUAUUUCUGCAUCACUGUAUUUUUCCUUUAAACUAUAUUGCAGAAAUAUAUCUUUUAAUGACCUACUUAAAGCUACUGGAAUCAGUAAGUCUUCUGUGAUCAAAGCCAGAAAAUCUCUCUCUCUUCAAUUUAGACUCGUUUCUGAAAAACUCUUCCCAGGAUGGCUCAGCCCUGAGAUGCUAAGCUCUAAUUCUGAAUUGCCUCCCAGCAUAUUUGAGUCACUCACAAACUUAAUUCAAUCUCAUUAUUCAAAUAAUAGCACUUAA